AUGCAUCAGGGAAAAGGUCCUGGGACCUCCCCACUCUCCCCACUCCACCCCGCCCACUCCACCCUGCCCACCCCACUCUCCCCACUCCACCCCGCCCACUCCACUCCACCCCGCCCACCCCACUCUCCCCACUCUCCCCACUCCACCCCGCCCACUCCACCCUGCCCACCCCACUCUCCCCACUCCACCCCGCCCACCCCACUCUCCCCACUCUCCCCACUCUCCCCACUCCACCCCGCCCACUCCACCCUGCCCACCCCACUCUCCCCACUCCACCCCGCCCACCCCACUCUCCCCACUCUCCCCACUCCACCCCGCCCACUCCACCCUGCCCACCCCACUCUCCCCACUCCACCCCGCCCACUCCACUCCACCCCGCCCACCCCACUCUCCCCACUCUCCUCACUCCACCCCGCCCACCCCACUCUCCCCACUCUCCCCACUCCACCCCGCCCACUCCACCCUGCCCACCCCACUCUCCCCACUCCACCCCGCCCACCCCACUCUCCCCACUCCACCCCGCCCACUCCACCCUGCCCACCCCACUCUCCCCACUCCACCCCGCCCACCCCACUCUCCCCACUCUCCCCACUCCACCCCGCCCACUCCACCCUGCCCACCCCACUCUCCCCACUCCACCCCGCCCACCCCACUCUCCCCACUCUCCCCACUCUCCCCACUCCACCCCGCCCACUCCACCCUGCCCACCCCACUCUCCCCACUCCACCCCGCCCACUCCACCCUGCCCACCCCACUCUCCCCACUCCACCCCGCCCACUCCACUCCACCCCGCCCACCCCACUCUCCCCACUCCACCCCGCCCACUCCACCCUGCCCACCCCACUCUCCCCACUCCACCCCGCCCACCCCACUCUCCCCACUCCACCCCGCCCACUCCACCCUGCCCACCCCACUCUCCCCACUCCACCCCGCCCACCCCACUCUCCCCACUCUCCCCACUCCACCCCGCCCACUCCACCCUGCCCACCCCACUCUCCCCACUCCACCCCGCCCACCCCACUCUCCCCACUCUCCCCACUCCACCCCGCCCACUCCACCCUGCCCACCCCACUCUCCCCACUCCACCCCGCCCACUCCACUCCACCCCGCCCACCCCACUCUCCUCACUCCACCCCGCCCACCCCACUCUCCCCACUCUCCCCACUCCACCCUGCCCACCCCACUCUCCCCACUCCACCCCGCCCACCCCACUCUCCCCACUCCACCCCGCCCACUCCACCCUGCCCACCCCACUCUCCCCACUCCACCCCGCCCACCCCACUCUCCCCACUCUCCCCACUCCACCCCGCCCACUCCACCCUGCCCACCCCACUCUCCCCACUCCACCCCGCCCACCCCACUCUCCCCACUCUCCCCACUCUCCCCACUCCACCCCGCCCACUCCACCCUGCCCACCCCACUCUCCCCACCCCACCCCGCCCACCCCACUCUCCCCACUCUCCCCACUCUCCCCACUCUCCCCACUCCACCCCGCCCACUCCACCCUGCCCACCCCACUCUCCCCACCCCACCCCGCCCACCCCACUCUCCUCACUCUCCCCACUCACGUCUGCCAUACAAAAAUAA